AUUUGGCAACGCUUUCUUGAAUCGCUUCCAGUGUUCUACGCUAAAUAAAAUUGAUCUUGGCUACGACUUCACCAGAGUUCUGAAAUGGUUCGCCAAACGUGAAGAUCGUAUUAUUCUUUUGUUCAAUGCGCACAAGCUCGAUGUCUCGGACGAGUUCAAGCGGUGCAUUGAGGCGCUUAGUGGUUUCAAUUGCUUUUG